GACAGACCAUGACAAAGUUCUGUCAAGAGCAUUUGGCUCCGAAAGCCCAACAGAUUGACCAGGAAAAUGAAUUCAGAGACAUGCGGGAGUUCUGGAAGAAACUUGGGGAACUGGGCGUUCUGGGGAUCACAGCUCCAGUGGAAUAUGGUGGAUCAGCUCUGGGGUAUCUGGACCACGUGCUUGUGAUGGAGGAAAUUUCUCGCGCGUCAGCUUCUGUUGGGCUGAGUUACGGUGCCCACUCAAACCUUUGUAUCAACCAGCUAGUGCGUAAUGGCAACGAAGCCCAGAAGAACAAGUACUUGCCCAAGCUAAUCAGCGGGGAGCACAUCGGAGCCUUAGCGAUGAGUGAACCCAAUGCUGGAUCUGAUGUCGUGUCCAUGAAGCUGAAAGCAGAUAAGAAAGGAGACUACUUUGUUUUGAAUGGGAACAAAUUUUGGAUCACCAAUGGGCCAGACGCAGAUGUCCUCAUCGUUUAUGCUAAAACUGACAUUAAUGCUGUUCCGGCCUCCCGAGGUAUAACUGCGUUCAUUGUGGAGAGGGGCAUGCCAGGCUUCAGCACAGCCCAGAAGCUCGAUAAGCUGGGAAUGAGAGGGUCUAACACCUGUGAAUUGAUCUUUGAAGACUGUAAGAUCCCCGCUGAAAACGUCCUGGGGACGCUGAGCAAAGGAGUCUACGUUCUGAUGAGUGGAUUGGACCUGGAGAGACUGGUGCUGUCUGGUGGGCCACUGGGGCUCAUGCAAGCUGUUCUUGACCACGCAAUUCCAUACCUACAUGUAAGAGAAGCAUUUGGACAGAAAAUUGGCCACUUCCAGCUCAUGCAGGGCAAGAUGGCCGACAUGUACACGCGGCUGAUGGCGUGCCGGCAGUACGUCUACAACGUGGCGAAGGCCUGUGACCAGGGCCAUUUCAACGCCAAGGACUGCGCUGGAGUGAUCCUGUAUUCAGCGGAAUGUGCCACCCAGGUGGCUCUGGAUGGGAUUCAGUGUCUGGGUGGGAACGGGUACAUCAAUGACUAUCCGAUGGGGCGCUUCCUGCGGGACGCCAAGCUCUACGAGAUAGGGGCAGGCACCAGUGAGGUGCGCAGACUCAUCAUUGGCCGGGCGUUUAAUGCCACUUUCAAGUAACGUCCACCAGUGCAGGGGCAGCACCCUGACCACCACGAGGCCUUGGAUCACAGAGGCUGGAGCGCACAACUCCCAUUUUCUUCCUGCUUCUGGCUCUGGGAUCGUCACUUCUGGACUCUCCUGCCUGCUCUGUGGACAGAUG